AUGGGAGGUGAGUUUGGGAUGGUGGCACCUGCCCCGGCCAGCCCUGCUCUCUGCUCUCUGCCCUGCAGCCUCCAUGCUGUGGUCCUUGCUAGGGAGGGAGGGAGCUUUCUCUUUGGUGGCCUUUGGCUUGUUGCUCUGCUGAGACUGGAGUCCUCAGAAGAACACAAGGCAACUGUGCAUUUGCUAUCUCCCACAUCCAAGGGGUCCAGCCCAGCUGCCUGGGGCCUUCCAAGGGAGAGAUGGUGAGUUUCUGGGUGCCAGGAGAAAUGGGGUGUUCCUCUUCCCCAGCAGCUUUACCCUCAGGGUGCAAGAGGGCCUUGAAGGUCCCAAGUGAUGGCUCUUCCUCUCAAGGUGGCAAUCUGCUCUGAGUGGACGGAUGCAGCGCAUUCUUGAGCAUCCUGGAGUUCCUGCACCAGCCUCUUCUUCCAUCUCUCCACUUCAUGUAUUUAUGAGUAGAAAAUAUGAAUAUAUUGCUCUUCAUAAAUAGCAUCUGAGCAGUUUGCAACAAUCCUCCACCAAAAGCCCAUCAGCAGGUAGCCCUUCCAAACCCCUCAGAGUCCUGCUCUGGUUGGCCUCCCACUGCAACCCUCCUUGAGGCUCCUGAACCAAACAGUCAUGGGGUGGUGUGUGUGUGUGUGUACGUGCGCCUGCCACUUUGAUCUUUGUCCUGAUCUGGUCUAACCCAGGUGGGAACUGCAAAACUGAGUACCCAGCACCCCCCGCCAUUGGCAUUAACCCCUGUGAAAGAACUGGGCAGCAAGUGGCGCAUGAAGACCCAACAGCCACGUAUCCCCAAUGUUAGGGCAGGUUCUGCCUGCCUGGCAUUUAAUGCCUGAAACACCUGAGAGCAUUUCCUGGUCUCACCACAAUGGGAGCAACUGAGUCUUUGAUCUCCCUCCCUCCCUCCCUCCCUUUAAUGGUGACUCAUCCUUCUUACUUCAUCCUUCAGGUUCAGAUUUGCCAAGUCUAGAGAGCAAAAACCCCGGAAGCGGCUGCUUCCCGCUCCAUCCCCAAAGCACCAGCUGGAUUAUGGGCAACUCUAGAACGCUCUCUCUGGACUGGGGCAUGGAGACUCAGUCUUGGCACUGACCUCUACCCUGUGCUGUCCUGGUGGUGAUGGUGCUGGAAAUCCCAAGGAAGCAGGAGCAGCAGCGCCCUCCAGCCCCUCGGCUGGGUGGUCAGGAUGUGCCUGAGGAGGACUGCAGGGAGCUGCCUUGGAAAGGGAGUCCCUCAGCCCCGCUGAGCUCCUCUGCACUUGGGUGGCAAGGGCUGCCCGGCGUCAGGGUGUUUUGUCCUUGUUGCAAAUCACCUUGUGCGUCUAAUGAAGGCAAGGCCUCUUCCUCUUUGAUGUCCCUGUCGGGAGACAUGCAGCUCCUUCCCUGGCUGGCGCCCACGCCCAUGCUGCUUCCUAAUCUGUGAUGAUUGAUUGAUGUUAUACAUCCCGCCCCCCUUCAUCACUUUCACACACAAUCUUGACUUUUCAUUUGAUGCUGCCCUCUCCCCUUUUCCUUUUCUGUUGCAGUUUUCAUAUUUUGUGACAUUGAUUUAAUUGGAUAUUGUAAGGUGGGUUGAAGAAACUUACCUGGAGAAUGGGAUGUAGGUGUGUUACUAAAUAAAAUGACGAUAGCUGCUCUGGUCAGCAUGGAUGCUGCACCCUGUCGUGGCCACCCAAGAAGCAGAGUCUGCUUAGGAGAAGGCUUGGAGACGUGAAGGUGGACGAGCAGCAGCUGCGUCUGGCUGGCUGGGGGAGAGCAGAGUCAGGCCAGGCUCCACCGGCCCAGGCAGGCCCCUUCCAGACUGACCUUAUGCUGUUCCACAGAUCUGACACCAACACAGCUGAGCUGGCAAAUCCCGGCCAAUGGCCCGGCCCACCACACCAGCCGCUUUGCCUGCUCGGAGCUGGCUGUACGCCGGGGGCAGGGCUUCUUGCUGACCGUCUACUUCAAUAGACCCCUUCAGUCCGGGGACAACUUUGCUUUCGUUGUAGAGACAGGUAAGGCCGCCCCCACCACUGUUUCCCCCCGUCCUCCUUCAUGGCCAGCUGGCAUCACUUGCAUGGGCACCUCUUGGCCUGAUCUCUGGCUGCAGGACAAAAAGGCGCCUCCGGGAUGGCACCUCUGCUCCCCUUCGGUCCUUGCGCACCUUUGGCCUCUGCACAUGGAAGCGGCAGAUCUCCUGGGCCUCUUGCCUGCCAAGACCUUUUUGACCGCAGGGUUUCUCUUUCCCACCAUCCUACCCCUGCAUGCAAACAUCUCUCUCCCACAAGAAGCUUGUCCAUCUUUAAGGUGCUGCCAAAGACCCCUGGCUUGCCCUGUGCAACGUUAUGCCCUCCACAGCGUUCUCUCUGGUGGGAAGCCAAGAUGGCACCACCACCACAGGAGCUGUUCUGUGGCGCGGAAGAGACCGGGUCCAGUGCGGGCGCACACACGCACCAACACUCCUGUCCCAGGAGGUCUGUGCAGUGCCUGCGUCCAGAGGUUGGAAUCAGGUUGGCCAGCUGGCUGGAUCUUCAUGCUGACCAAACCCUUCAGGGAGAACGUUGCCGCUUGGGUAGCCUCUCACAGGUAUGAGUCACCUCCAAUGACAGCUUUGCCUUUGCCUCUGUUCCCUCUGGCAGGGAGAGCCCCUUCGGAGUCCCAGCACACCCGGGCCGUCUUCCCCGUCUCCAGCGCCCUGACUGGAGGGUCCUGGAGUGCCAUGCUCAGCUCCAUCAAUGGCAACUGCGCCAACUUCACCCUGGCCAGCCCCCCCACCGCUGCCAUCGGCCGCUACAAGCUGAGCCUGCAGAUGAUGUGUGGCAACCAGGCCUAUGCCCGCUUCCUGGGGCAGUUUGUCCUGCUCUUUAACCCUUGGUGCCAAGGUAAGAUGCUCCUCCUGCCUGCCUGCCUGCCUGCGCAGGCCCUGCUGCCGCCCUUGGGAUGGGCCUCUGCCCCACAGGGGUGUUUCUGCUGAGGGUUGACAGGCAGACAAUGCAGUUGGUGCCACGUGACUCCCUUCCGCACCACAGCUCUGCGGUUUAGAACUCGUCCCUUAGGACAGCUUCCCAAGCAAGCAGGCAGGGAAUCAUAGACUCAGAGAAUUGUAGGGGGCUUUGGGCUUAUUUGCAGCUCAAAGCAGAAGCCUUGCACAGACCUCCUCCCCACCCCAGAUGUUGGCAUCUGGGCAAUGAGAUGCCUGACCCAGAAGCCCGACUGGGGCACAGCAAUGCUUUACUGACCGGCUGGUGAUGGACCGGGCUGAUGCUGCAAGAGUUUGUAAUGGUGGUCCUGGAGACAGAGUCGUCCCCCCCCCCCGCAGCACAUGGGGCCAAGUGUGCUUCACAACAGCAGCAGGAGGAGGAGGAGGAGGAGGCCUCCCCUCUCCCUCCCUCCCUCCCUGCCUCCCAGGGACUCUCCUCCUGUUCUUCUGGUUGCAUCACCCAGGGCCUCUGGGCUGCUCAUCCAUCAUCCAGCUGGGCGGUGGAAACUCAGCACUCAGGACUAGCUAAAAAUGGGAACGUGGCUGAAAGAAGAAGGGCAAGAUCCAGCACGGCUGGGCAGGAGGCCAGAUCCCUCUUUGCCCAGAAGAACGUUGGCCCAGUGAGCCUCCCAGAAGCACCUGCAGAUCUGACUGCUGCUGCGUCCGACCGAGUCCUGACUUGCCCCUUCCAUGCGUCAGCAGAGCAAGCAGCAGCCAGAGCCCUUUGCUACAGCAGCAGCUGCACAGGGGAGCCCCCCCCCAUUUCCAUGGGCCCCUUUCAAGGCCCCCCCCAAGCAGCCUAGUGGUUGCACUACCCCACCCCCAAAGGAUAGGGAAGGGGGUAACAUGGUCCCACUGGCUUUGCAAGGCCUAGCUGACAGCCCUCCCCUCCUAGGACAGAUGCUGGGGGGGGGGUUGCCUCGAGCCAGGCCAAAUCCCUGGCCUUGGAAGGCCCUGGAACUUGCCCACGCCAGGCUGGGAGACCCCAGAGGAUGCCAGGUUUUUCUUGGAAGGGAGCCAAGGGCUAGGAAAUCCCUUGCUGCAAAACGGCCGGCUUGGGAAGCUCCAUGGCAGCUCCUUCUUUUGGCCCAAGGAGGCAGGAGCAAUGAUGGGGCUCAGCAAAAAAGCUCCUUGUGGGGCAAGAACAUGGCAGGGAGGGGGCUCCCCUCUCACUGCCCAAGCAGAGCAGAGCAGGAUGUGACCCUUUUGCCCAGGCUCCUUUGCACUGCUCAGCUGGAAAGCUCUCCCUCUCAGUUGUCAAGACGAGUGUCCCCAUCCCCUGGGGCAGGGUCUCUGACCUUCAGGGUCACAGCCACGGUCUGCAGUGUCUACGCAAGAACCACAAAAUAAUAAAACUGUAUUGUUGGAACAGACCGCAAGGGUCUACUAGUCCAACCCUCCGCAAUGCAGAAGCACAGUCAGAGCAUCCGACUGCCACCUUCCCAAGGAGUCUGUUCCACUCUUGAAUAGCUCUUACCCCCAGAAAGUUCUUCUUAAUGUUUUUUCUGGAAUCUCCUCUCUUGCAAUCCAGCUCUUUCAUAAACUUACAUUUGCAAGGAUGUUCUAUUCAGCAAAAUAAUUAUUUUCCAAGCAACUGUUGCCCAGCACACACCAGAGGGAAACUGAUUUAUAUGAUCAAGUACUAAUUUUAGAGCAAAGCUGGAGGCCCCCAAAGACAUUUGAGGGGGGCAUUUACCCCUUGCCACUUGGUUGUUCAAAGUCCAAUCCAGCUUUACUUGAAGCACCCACUGCCAACCUCUUGCCUCCGCCCAACAGGAGACCUUGUCUACAUGGCAGAUGAAAGCGAGAGGCAAGAAUACGUUCUGAACGAAAAUGGGAUCAUCUUCGUGGGAAACGCCAACUAUAUCGAAGCGCGAGGAUGGUACUACGGGCAGGUCAGUGUUAAGGUCUUGCUCCUGGCCUUCAAAGCACCAGCUCUGCUGCUGGCCCUAUAUCUCUGGGCUAUGGGGCUGUGGCCCUAUAUCUCUGGGACUGGGGUUCCACCGCCCCUGCCAGGGGGACAGCAGCGGUGCCCUUGUAGCCUUAAGAUGGAGAGGUGGCCAGGAGAGGAAGUGAUGGUAAGGGAGGGGAGGCAGCAUUUUCCUCUGCCUGGAUCCUCAGAGCGAUGGAAACAUUCAUGGGAGGAUAAGCAGGGCAAGUAGUCCUGGGAAAUGGGGUCAUGGGGAGGUUGAGGAGAGCAGCUUCCUAGGCCAUUGCUGUAUGGCUGCACAGUCACCGUCGAGUGGGAUGAGCCUUAAUAGGUAGGAGAAGAUAUAUUAAUUGUAAUUUAUCCAUCUAGGCACCCACGUGUGUGGGUUGAACAGGGUUUCAAAAUAUUCUUCUUCUUCUUUGGCAGUAGCCAAGUAAGAUUGUCUUCCAUGAACACGGUCUUAACAGUGUGUCCGUAGGUGACUGUGGAGGCCAAUUCUAGAUCCACAUGUCCUUCCACAGUGGGGACAUAGGUUUCUGGGUGGGAGUUGAUCAUGGUGAUGGUUUGCCAAGUGUGCCUUCUUCUUAGCAUGUUUCUCCCUUGUGUCCUGAGUUCAAGUGUCUUCAAAGCCCAGGACACCUUUGGUCAAGGCUGUUCUCCAACUGGAGCGCUUGCAGGCCAGUGUUUCCCAGUUGUCAGUGUUUAUACUACAUUUUUUAAAGAUUUGCAGUGAGAGAGUCUUUAAACCUCUUUUGUUGACCACCAACAUUACGCUUUCCAUUUUUAAGCAAAAUCACCCCAUGCGUGGCAGAAAAUUUAAAAACAUAGGAAUUAUAAUAAAUCAAAUCAAUUAGGCUGUAGAACCUUGUUUUGAGCAAGUCCAGCUAUGAAGUAAGUUGGCUCCCCUUUCUUACCCUGCUUAAUAAAGAACCAGGCAACAGCUUGGAAGGUAAGCUUAAUAAUAAGAUUCACUUACUUUAGACAGGCAUUGGUUCACAGCAACAGGAGCAGUAAAGACUAUGCAAGCAAGUCACUUCUAUUUACUUUUCUGAGCUGGAGCAAGGGAGGCAGGUCUGCACCCAUUGCUGGUCACAGGAAGAGAGAGAGAGGAGCAGGAAGUACUAUAUGCUCCUUCUUCUCUGGGAGAGGAGGGGAAAUGACAUCACACAAAGCCCUCUCUACCAAUUGCAUUUCUAUGGUCUUGGUCCUUAGCUGUCAGCAAUAGAGCUCUGUAGUCUUAGCCCCUUCUCCCGCUAGCUAGCAGUAACCUGCACUUUUUAGGUUGGGCUGCCAAUUUCACGCAUGCUGAAGGUUGUCCACAUGUUCUGUGACUGUGUGUGUAGCCCAAACUAGAGAGUGCAUUGCAUGAUGGAAGGGAAUGGUUCCUGCCACCACCAGGAGCAGAACAAGACAAGACUCUCUUGGGGUCAGCAUUCUCGGGUAUUCCCUCCCAGUGUCAGGGGCUGAAGGUAGAAAAGAGGGAGGCAGCCACUGAGCCCAGCUCCAUCUGUGCCCCAUGGCUCAGAGGAUGCUGGGCUGAGGCCUGAGAUAAUCUGUAUCACAGAGAAUGAGCAGAGGAGCGGCAGGUGCUCCGGCUGGCUGCGGAGCGCUGGGGGUCCCCACUUGCCCUGGAACCAGCUGGUACUUCUGCAUCUUCAUGUGCAUAAGAAGACCCUCUGGUCUAACUUGCCCCAGUCUGAGGGCCCAUGUUUCCCUCUCCACCUCUUGCCCCAACUGGAGUGCACCUUGGCUGGGUGCUGAUCGGACCCUGGGUGACUGCGUGUAUUUGUCUCGGUGUGGAUGCUCCUCUGCUUCCUGGCGCUUUAGAGGACCUUCCUUUCUGCCUUGCAGUUCCAAGAUAACAUGCUCAACCUGGCGCUGAUGCUUCUGGAUCUGAGCCUCUACCAUCGCCAGGACCCGGGUGGGGACACGUCGCGCAGGAGCGACCCUCGCUACGUGGGCCGGGUGAUCAGCUCCAUGGUAAGCGCAAGCCUCUGCCCCUUGAUCCCAGGCGGGGUGAGAUCCUUCAGGGAGCCUGAAAGCCCCCCCCCAGCUCCCAGGCCCCCCUCACCCGCCUCCCUGGCGCUUUAGGUCAACGGGAACGACAACGACAACGGGGUGCUGGAGGGCAAGUGGAGCGAGGAGUUUGCCCACCACGAGAACCCCUCUCGGUGGGACGGCAGCGUGGCCAUCCUCAGAAAGUGGGCGCAGGACAACUUCCGGCCGGUCCAGUACGGCCAGUGCUGGGUCUUCGCCGGAGUGGGCGGCACAGGUAGGCUUCUGGCGGCACAGCGGAGGAAGAAAUGGGGGUCGGGGGCGCCGAGCAGAGCCCAGACCCACCGGCCCCGCUCUCCUCUCUUUCGCAGUCCUGAGGUGCCUGGGCAUCCCGACCCGUCUGGUCACCAACUUCAAUUCCGCCCACGACGCAGACACGAACUUCAGCAUCGACAAAUACUACGAUCCCUCUGGGAAGAGCAUCAAGAGGGGACAAGACUCCGUCUGGUAAAUGCGCCUGUCCGGCCUCUGGUGGGCGGGGAGGAGGGAGGGAGGGAGGGGGCCCUUCGGAUGCUCGAUCCCAGGAUUCCCUUCAGAGAAUCACAGAACUGUAGAGUGAGAGGGGACCCUGAGGGUCAUCUGUUCCAACCCUCCGCAAUGCAGGAAUCUCAACUAAAGCGCGCCCCCCCCCCGGGGCCAGUCUUGCCAGGCCCUGGAGACAGACAACGGAUAUCGGGGGUUUCUCUCCAUUUCUCACAUUUCCAAUCUUAAACUCAAUUCUCCACCACCUUCAUGGGAAGUUUUAAAGGAGGGGUUGGGUAGCCACCUGUCAGAGAUGCUUUAGCUGAGAUGCCUGCAUUGCUGGGGAGUGGGUUGGUCUAGAUGACCCUUACGAUCCCUUCCAACUCUACGCUUCUAUGAGUCUAUUCAUGUCUGUGUUUGGCUCUGGGGAUCAGCCCCCCACAGGCAAUGGAACUGUCAGAGGAAUGCCAGAUCUUGGGCCAGGAUUCUGGCAAAGCCCAACAUGGCCCUCCUCAGCCUGGGCUCCCGUCCGGGGGGGGGGGCGGGGACUGUUCUGGCCCAGGGGCCAUUUCUCCCUCCCCAGCUCUUCGGGGAAGAGGAGUCACUUUCCCAGGAGAGCUGGAAGGUGGAGGGAGCCAAGGCAAACACCUGCCCCUUGGGCAAUGCUGCUCACCGUCCUGUUUGCAGAGGCAGUUAUGGCUCAGGGAGCACCUCUUUGCUCAUCCAGUCCAAGAUCAACAAGGGCAGAGCCCCGGUCACUCGGCUUGGCUAGGCAGCCCGUUAUCAUGCCAGGAGCAGCCAUUGGCUUCAUUCAUCCCCAUGUCUUUGCCCUGCUUCUUUGUCUAUUUGGGGGACCCUUAUGAUAGCUAAAUAUGACUCCAUUAUAAAGCAAUAUUAAAACAUGGGAGGGGGAAUAAACAUCAUGUUUACCAAUAAUCACCAACCAGCCAGGAAAUAUUCCCCCUAAAGGUCCCAGAGGACCCAUUGCUGACCAGUUUGAGCAGAUUUGGCCAGAAGCCCCCGGACAGGACCUCCCUGCCUGCCUUUCUGCCUCUGGGCUCUGGGGCAGCGUCGUCUUUGAGGAGCCAACUCCUAGGGGCCGAGAUCCCUUCAGCCACCCUAGAACAUAUGGCAUUGCCAUUCAAAUGGUGUCCACGAACCGCCUCGUGUGAUAAUGUGGGGAAGGGCUUACUUGCCCCCCCCAUAUUUUAUUCAAGUUGGCACCCCUGCCACCCCCCUCCUUGUGAGCUCAGCCCAUUGGCUUGCCACCUGUGCAUGAGGUUCGUGUUGUAUAGAAGCUGCGUGUGGAGAGCCCUGGCUCUGCCUCGUGCCGCCCCCUCUUCAGGCGAGCCUGCAGCGCCUUCAGGGGAAGGGACACAGCUCAGCAGGGCCAAAGCAUCUGCCUCACAUGCAGCAGGUGCCCAGUUCAAUCCCCAGCACCUCCAGGGCGGGCAGGAGAGACCCUGGCCUGAAACCCGGGAGAGCUGCUGCCUGGAAGUGUGGACAGUGCUGAGCUAGAUGAGCCAGUGGUCUGACUCUGUAUAAGGCAGCUUCCUAUCUCCUUCUCUGUUCCUUCCCCCCUUCAGGGAUUACCAUGUCUGGAAUGAAUGCUGGUUCACUCGGAGGGAUCUGGGGAAUGCCUACUGCGGGUGGCAGGUGGUAGACGGAACCCCCCAGGAGAAAAGCCAAGGUAAGGCCCUCUCCUGCCCCCACCCCACCCUGGUCGCCUUCCAGAGCAGCUGCUGCAUCCCGCUUUCCUUCCAGGGAUCUACCAAUGUGGACCAGCCUCUGUCCUGGCUGUCAAGCAAGGAGACGUGCGGCUGAACUACGACACGGGAUUCGUCUUCUCCGAGGUGAAUGCCGAUAUCAACCGAUGGGUCAUCUAUCCUGACGGGAGGCAAGUCAGGGUCUAUUGCGACACGACGUCCAUCGGCAGCCACAUCAGCACCAAAGCCGUGGGCAGCAACUAUCGGGUGGACAUCACCAACAACUACAAGUACCCAGAAGGUGAGUCCCCUUCCCUCCUGGACCAGCCCCUUCUGGCUGGCUUCCCCCCUUUCCCCAUUUCUGAUCUCAGGGGACACACCAGGCGGGGAGAGGCAGAAGCCACCACCGGCCAGGCCAGCAUAGAGGCCACCAAAUUAGCACACAGGUGGUCUCUCCAAACUGGGUGGCAGAAUGGCAGGUUCAACGGAGUAUCAAUAAGGGCAAAUCGAUGCAGGGUGGGACAACUUGUCAUCAGCUGUGACCCCCCAGGAUGCAAACUUUGCCAUUGUACUAGAAAGCAAGACCAAAAGAUGACCAACUAGGAAAGGGAGUAAAAGGACAAACACCAAAAUCACAAUGCCAGUGUUUAAACUCCAUUGCAGAAUCGCAAAUUUGGAAGGGACCUUGAAGGGCAUCUAGUCUGUCCACACACACACACACCCUGCUCCAUAUGGGAAUGAGUGAUACAAUAAGAACUUAAAACUACCUUGCUGAAGCAGCCCUCCAAAAGGGGGGCACCUAGUCCAAAUAGCCAAACAGAUGCCCCAUGGGAAACCCCCAAGCAGGACCUGCGCACAAGAGCCCUGUCCUCUCCCCUCCUGGGGGUCCCAGCAGCUGGUAUUCAGAAGGCCAAUCAGGGCCAGUAGGACCACCUUUGUGGAGGGCUGGAUUCUGCCGUUCUGAAGGAGGCCCCAGUUCUUGACCGUGGAGCAAAUGACAAGCAGGAGAUGCACAGCAGGUCUGUAAAAUUAUGAAUAGCUGCCAACAGAGAGAACAGAGGGGAGUCUGUCUGCCUCGUGCCAGCCCACCGCCCUCCCCCAGCAAUCCCUUUCCCUUCUAGAACAGAGAAAAGAGAAUCCUUUCUCAAAGGCAGCAAUCAUAGCGGAGGUGGCGAAACUCCCAGGGAGGAGGGGGUCUGUCAGUGGCCACUACGAGGAGGCGCAAAAUGGAGACUCCAUGCUCAGCGGGAGAAGAUCUCUGCAUACCAGUUAGUCAGGCAACAACACGGGGUUCAGCCCUUCCGGGAAGGUGCAUUUGGUUGGCCACAGCUGGAGGCAGAAUGAGGGGCUGGGAGAGCCCACAGAGGCACCUGCACCCUUGGCCGCUCCCCCCGCCAGAACGCCAGGGAGUGUUUGGGACACCCGCUGGCAGAGGCUCUUCCCCCGUCCCACAUGGAAACCUUCCUGCCUGUGCUCUGCCUGCCUUCCCUCAGUCUCAGGAUUUCUGGCUGGAAGCAGCAUUUGGGAAGGAAGGAAGCACAUGCUGCGUGCGCAGAAGGUGCUGCUGCUGGUCCUUGGCACUGGAGAGAACAGCUGGGGAUCCUGAGGCGCCCCCCCCCCGAGGCCCCCUGUGGGUGCCAGCAGAGCCAACCGCCCUGUGCUGGGCUUUAACUCUGCAGAAGGCGACUUCUGGGGCUCUGAGUCUGACUCCGUGCGGCCCUCUCUGCAUUCACAGCACCCCAUACGUCCUCAGGCACACCCGCCCUCCCUGCCGCGGUGCAGCUGCUGCCUGGACUCUGGAAUGCGCUCCGUGCACAUUCUCUUGGGAUGAGGAGCCCCAGCCCUUGGCUCCUGGCCCAGCUCCACGUGCUGGAAACCUGCCAGCGCUCCUUGGGCUUCUGCCAGAUGAUCACUCCCACCCUUACCUGUGUCCAUUGGACAUCCUAAAGCAGCCCAUGUAGGAGCUCUGGAAGGUGCUCUGUUCUGAGUUAGACCACUAGUCCAUCUUAAGAGCAUCAGAAGAGGGGCCAUCUAGAUACUCUCACAAUAGGAUGAACAAGCUUUUUAUUUUUUGGCCAGUCAAUUGGUCAACUGCUUUCAGCUGCUCAAAGGGCCAGUGCUAUUUGUCUCCCACUCGCCCGCCCAGCUAGACUAGGGAGGCUAUGUGCAGCAGGAAGCACCAGCCGAGUCAGGUCAUUUCCCGCAAUGCCAUUCCUGCAGGUGUUCCUUCCAUGUGCGCUGGCAGAAAAGGGGCACAGCAGGUGGGCAGUGUGUCAGACUAGACCUAAAGAUCUGGAGUGAGCUGGAGGCCUGCAUUUUGGCAGGGGGGCUUGGAACUGGAGGCUGACCGCUCCCUUCCUUUCCUUGCAGGCUCUGCCGAGGAGAGAAACAUCUACCGCAAGGCCUGCUCCCAGAUGUAUGGGUCCACGCCCAGCGAGAGCCGCAUGAGCACCACCGACGACGCCUCCGCCUCCGAACUCAUCACGCACCCCGGGCUCUUUGGGAAGUUCAAGCUGGCCCAGCCGCCCAUCCUUGGCAAGGACAUCAACCUCAUCCUCACCCUGGCCAACUUGGCCCCGGAGCCCAAGACCAUAACUGUCAACCUGAGCGUCUCGAGUGUCCUGUACACCCGGACGGCCAUCAGAGAGAUCCUGAAGGAAGUGAUGACUGUCAGCCUUGGCAACAAGGAAGGUAAGGGGCCUCCCCUGCUCCGUCUCUCAAAGCCCAUCCAGGCAGGGAGGGAGAACAGGGGUUGUCUGCUGGGUGGCUCUACACAGCUUCUGCUGCCAUCCAGGAGUGGUACUGACUGGGCAGCCCUUUGCGGGCACAGGGGCCCCCACCCGCUCCACCUUCUGGCACCCCCACCCCACUCUGCAAUGGCCCCCUGGGGCUUCCAGACACGAGGCUCCCCCUCGCUCAGGCUCCCACUAGAGGCAGCUGCGGAGAAAUGCAGCCCAGCAGUAGAAAUGCUGUGCAGGGCCCAUCAUGAGACCAGGGCCAAGAGCAGGUCUCCGGGCAGGAGCACCCACAGCCCCACUGUCAAAGCCAGAGCCCCCUGGACCGGGGGGGGGGGUCCUCUGAGGCCCAGGCCUCCAAGCAUCACCGUCAGGGAGCCAGCAAAGGAAGGAAGCCCAGCUCAGGUGAGUCUGUACCUGCCCUUGGGGUCUGGAGUGGAGCAGGGAAGGGAAGCCAGCACAGGAAGGCAAUGGCAGGGGCCAACUGGAGCAGUCUGUCUGGAGGGAGCCCCAGCGCAUGGGCCGUCCCCCCCCCCCAGCCAAGGAGGGCCAAGGCAGGCUGCUCUCACUUAGCAAGCUGGAGAGCUAAAUUGGAGGCCCAGGAUUUGUUUCUUUGCUUGUCUUGUCCAUUUAAAAGCAUUUAUAAAUCACUUGAUGUUUCAAAAUAUCUAAGCGGUCUGCAAUUUUUUUAAAUAAAAAAAACUAAGCAGUAUCGUUAAAUCAAAAAUACAGCCUGAACUCUAUAAAGCAUAGAAGAUCUUAGAAAGACAAACGAGAUAGGGAUUUGAGGUGUUUGGAGCCAUAAACAAGGGUCUCGCUUUGUGGGUCAGGCAAAGAGGUCAGUCUUCAGCCGGCUGAGGGAGGUCUGCAUCUUCUUUUAUGCUCUAAGCUCUGGCCUUCCAGCCAAGGGGGUCCUGGCUGGGAAUGUUCUGCCCUUUGGGGGCUCCCAAGGGAGGAGGAGGAGGAGGAGGAGGGGGGAUAUCCUCCAAGCUGCUUCCCUCUGGAAGCUGCACCUUCCGCUGCAGAGGCGGCCCUGGAAAAGGCCCUGGAAGACUUGUGGUCAUCGCUGGGCUGAAUCCAUGGAGCAGGACCUCCCCUCUUGCAAGGAACAAGUUCAGGGGGCAGGAGGCUGGGUGGUGGUGGGUUGCCUCUGAGGAAAGGAUCCUGACUCCCCCCACCCCUCUGCCUUUCAGAGAAGCACCUCCCACUGCGGAUCACGUACGGCCACUAUGGGGCAUCCCUGACGGACGACAAGAAGCUCUUGGUCACGGCCUUAUGUGACGUUGUGGACGGCGUGAAGCUGCUGGUGGAGAAGGCCAUCACCCUGGAGACCCAGAACGUCUCCAUCACGGUAAGGAGCCCCUCUGCACUCAAGGGCUGCAGCCAAGAAGGAAUGCCCCACUCCCUGCUGGUCCCCGUCCUGGAACCGCAGCCCCCCACCCACAAGUGAUUUUAUUUUAUUUUAUUAUUAUUUUUACUUUUUUAUUUUCAGUGUAGAAUCAUAACAAAAAUUACAGACAUUAAGUCCAAAAUAGUACUAUACAAACAAAAAAGAACGAAACAUACAAAAAAGAGAAAGAAAAAAAGCAAAGGAAACAAAACAAAAACGAAAAAGCAUACAUCUACAGGGGAAAAAAACAUAUCUCAUUACAUACAUAUACACAUAUUGACUUCCUUCCUUUGUUCUAAGACCUCAAAAAAAUUACUCUUACUGUAUUGUUGUGUCUAAUGUAGAUUACUUCCAUCUUUGUAUUUUUUUUUUUACACCAUUUUUCUUUUUUACACCCACAAGUGAUUUUAUUUUUAUUUUUUAAAUAAUAAUAAUAAUAAUAAUAAACUUUAAUAAAUAUCUUAUAAUAAUAAUAAUAAUAAUAAUAAUAAUAAUAAUAAUAAUAAUAAUUUUAAUCACUGCUGCUGCUGCUGAGGCUAACUUGAUGGUGGGAAGAUUGAGGACAGAUGAAAUAAAGUCCUCCUUCAUGUAGUGCAGAGUUAAACUGUGGAACUCCCUCCCACUUGAGGCAGGGAUGGCUUUGGAAGAGGAUGGGACAAAUUAUUGGAGGAUGAGGGGGCAACUGAGGGCUACCAGUCAAGAUGGCUCUGCCCGUCCUCCUCAGUUUGGAAGCAAUGCUUCCGAAUCCCAGGUGCUGGAGACUGCGGGGGGGGGGGGAGAGGGGCUCCUGCGCCCGGGUCCUGCUUGCAGGGCUCCCAGUAGAGGCAUCUGGUUGGCUCCUGUGAGAAGAGGAUGCUGGAAUGGAUGGGCCACUGACCUGAUCCAGUUCUUCUGAUGUUCAUAUGGCAAUGAAGAUGCAAGUCCAAGUUGAGAGGCUUCUUCUAGCCUCAAGACCCCAAAUAAGAGGGGCUGAGUUUGGAGCCACAUCAGCACAGACCCUGUCCUUGGGCAAUGGGAGGGGCAGCCAGUCCCCUGUCUCCCCUCAUCUGGCCCCAAGUCCAUACUGCAGUACCUGCAAACCCUGCCUCACCUCCCCAUCCUGGUUCAGCCCUGUUGCAUCAUGGGAUGCCAUCCCAGAAUGCAACCGCUCAUAAGGGAGCUUGGGGAGGAGUGGUGAGCCCCAAAGGGUUCAUGAUGCAGCCUGACUAUCCCAAGGCAGCUGCCUCCCAGUUGGCAUUCAGGGCCAAGCAGGAUGCAACCUUGCGGGGCUGUUGGGUUCCCCCUGCAGCUGGAUCAUGGGGGGGGGGGGAGAGCUCAACCCUUUGCUCCUGCUGAGAUCCUGAUCCAAUUUGGAAUGUGGCUGUGAGUAUUAUGUUUGCAACGAUUCCAAGGCCUAAAUAGGUACAACGUUUGACCGUAUUUGAAAGAAGGGGGGCUCUGGAGAGGUGUGGCUGUGCCUGAGGAGGGGGUCCUGGCUCAGCAAGCCCCCUGGGUCUGUGGCUCUGCUCGGAAUGAGGGAGCCCUGCACCUGCCAGGAUAGGUGCUGGUGCAGAGUGCGUUCCCAGAGACUGAGCAGCUCCUCUCCUUGGCUGCAGGCCCCUCCAAGCGUGGUAGCCAACAAACCGGCCACCGUGGAGAUCUUCUACGCCAACCCUCUCCCAGAGCCAGUGGACAACUGUGUGCUGCUGGUGACACUGAUGGGCCAAGCUGUCAAGAUCAAGUAAGUUUGGUGGGGGGAGAAGCAACCAGCAAGUGGGAGGAGCUUGGCUGGCCCACUCUCCUGCCUGGCAAGGGGAAGGCGAGGAGACGUCCCACCCAAGCGACUCCUCUGAGAAGCCAAGCCAGCUGCAGGUGGAGCCACUUCAGCCGUGGCCCCGUGGAGGACGUAACCCCUGCAGGCCUCUGGCUGGUCACUCCAGGGCUGCAUCCUUGCAUGUGUGUGUGACUCUCUCUCUCUCCCUUCAGUGUGGCAGCGCUGGCACCUGGAGAGAAGUCCAAGAUCUUCUUCGAGUUCACCCCACGCAGCGCAGGGGCUAUGCAGCUCCACGUCGACUUCUCCUGCAACAAGUUCCAGCACAUCAAGGGCUUUGUGCUCAUGAACGUGGCCCCGGCCGGGUCCAUGUGA